AUGGAUUUCCUUCCUAAGUGCCUCGGACCCCUUCCUCAGAACGCUGCCGACUACUGCGACAAGUACAUGAAGCAGCAUGGAAUUAAGUGCUAUUAUGGCAUGAAGUACGCUCCCAAGGAGGAGGGCUUCUUCGAGAAGAUUGGCCUCACUGGCGAGCCUGACUGCACUUUCGUCUGCAUUGGCACUAAGUCUUCCAACUGGUUCAUGCCUAAGGAGUGCUUGACUGGCUACAACCCCUUGGAAGAGGACAAGAAGGAGAAGGACCCCAAGAAGCGCGGUCCCGGUGGCGGAGGAUGGAUUCACGUGAACAAGCAUUUGCAGGUCUACAAGGUUAACGAGGAUGGCUCUCAGUCCCUCUGGGGUAACGGUCACAUCUUCGCCAUUGGUGAUUGCAACAUGGUCCCUGAGCUUCCCCCGAUCCCUAAGAUCUCUUAUCCUUCUGAGGAGCAGGCCGCUCAUGCUACCAAGAACAUUAAGAUCUUGGACCACCUCGAGCAUAAGGGUAAGUCCGUUGGCGGCUGCUGCGGGCUCGGUGGUGCCAAGGACCUCGUCACUACUUGGUGGCCUUGGGGUGCUGGUAUGUUCGCUACUUCUCUCGGACCUAACAAGGCCUGCUUCGUUUUGGGUGCCAAGUCUGCUCCUGGCACUGGCCAUAUGGUCCUCUGGGGCAAGCUCUCUGCCAUCCAGAAGGGUCUCAUUGAGUCCACUAAGGUCAACGAGAACAAGCGCGGCAUCAUUGGCAGUUGGGGUUGGCAUUUCGUCCAUCAUACUCCUUUCAUGAACUAG